UCGCCCAUUUCUCCACAGCAUCAAACGCACAUGUUGGGUGUGUUGUGUUGAGGAUUGCAGCGAUAUUACAGUAUUAAGCAAGCCUCCGCGUGCUGGCACGUUGCAGUUCGCCCUCUAUUUAACACAGUGACAAUGCGAUAAGUGUCGCAGUCAAUGAUACGUACUUUAAAAUCUGAUAAAUUGUCUAAAACACUCGGUGGGGAGGCUUGCACGCGCCCCUGCGUGGCUGCAAACGGCUGCUGUUCGGUCUAAAGGCUUUGAGGCUCCCCGUCCGCCACCAUGAGCUCCAAGGUGUGUAGGAACUGCGGCAGCUCGGACAUCGACGUGGACCAUGCCCGCGGCGACGCCGUCUGCAUGACCUGCGGCUCGGUGCUGGAGGACAACAUCAUCGUGUCCGAGGUGGAGUUUGUGGAGACGGGAGGCGGCGGCUCGUCGGCCGUCGGACAGUUUGUUUCUGCUGACGGUGGAAAUUUCAACCCAUCUUUUGGAGAUGGCCACCACACAGGAAUGGGGAGGGAGUCGAGAGCUAAGACGCUGCAGAGAGCACGACAGAACAUCAACACCCUGGGUCACCAGCUGCAGAUGAACCAGCACUGUCUGGACACGGCCCUGAACUUCUACAAGAUGGCGCUCAUGAAACACCUGACCACCGGCCGCAAGUCGGCCCACGUCGUUGCUGCAUGCCUCUACCUGGUCUGCCGCACCGAGGGAACGCCACACAUGCUGCUGGACCUCAGUGAUCUCCUGCAGGUGAAUGUCUACGUACUGGGAAAAACCUUCCUUGUUCUGUCCAGAGAGCUCUGCAUCAACGCCCCGGCUAUAGACCCGUGCCUGUACAUUCCCCGCUUCGCCCAGCUGCUAGAAUUUGGGGAGAAGAACCACGACGUGUCCAUGACAGCCUUGAGGCUGGUGCAGAGGAUGAAGAGGGACUGGAUGCACACGGGACGAAGGCCGUCGGGACUCUGUGGAGCAGCCCUUCUCGUUGCCGCUCGUAUGCACGACUUUUGCCGCACUAUCAAAGAAAUUGUCAGCGUUGUAAAAGUGUGUGAGAGCACGCUAAGAAAAAGACUGACAGAGUUUGAGGACACACCCACCAGUCAGCUGACCAUCGAAGAGUUCCUGAAGACCGAUCUGGACCAAGAGUGUGACCCGCCCUGCUUUACAGCCGGAGUGAGGAAGAAAAAAGUCCAUCAGCUGGAGAUCGAGCUGAAGAAGAACAUGGAUGACGUUGAAGAUGAAAUUCAAGGCUUCCAGGAUGAGAUAGACUCCGAGCUUCAGAACAAUCGACCCAAACUUAGAGGAGUCUACGCCGCCUACGCUAAAGAAGACGGGGAUAAGGACGGCGGGGACACCCUCUCCACAUCGUCCAAGACAGACCCAGACUGUGAGGAGCAAGAGGAGGAAGUGCUCCAGGCCGUGGCCAACCACUUUGGCAAAGACCUGGACGAGCUGACGCUGGAGGCCCUGUUGAAACUGGAGCGGAAGAGACCAGAGGAGGAAGAGGAGGACCAGGAGGAGGAUGUCCCGAAGCGAAAAGCCCCGUCGCUGGCGUCCAUCCUGGGCCCGAUGCCCACAGCAGCCACUCUCGGCCUCCCCGAGUCCAUCGGCAAGUGCCUUGGAGACGGGAAGGAGAACGAUGGGGCUGCAGACAGUGGGGAGCUGGACCUGAGUGGGAUAGAUGACCGCGAGAUAGAGCUGUAUCUGCUGAGUGACCCAGAAAUCAAAGUGAAGACGGCGCUGUGGAUGGCAGAAAACUCUGACUACCUCAAAGAGCAGAGAGAGAAGGAAGCAAAGAUAGCGAAGGAGAAGGAGCUCGGGAUCUACAAAGAAAAGAAGCGAAGAGGACCCAUCAAGAGGCACCCCCCAAUCCGAGCCAACACCGCAGACGAGGCCAUCGAGAAGAUGCUGGAGCAGAAGAAGAUCUCCAACAAGAUUAACUACGACGUCCUGAAGGACCUCAACAUCAAGCCGGGCGCAAGCCCGGCUCGCCAGGCCGAGACCCCGAAGAAGGAGCCGUCUGCCACCAAACUGACGGGACGCAACCGCCAACCUGCACGGGCUCCACUCAGCCUCAGCACGCCGCUCAGCACCCUGGGAAAAAGGUUGCAGCCGUUCAUCAGCGGACAGCCCAACAAGAAGCUGGCUGUGGAGCAAAUUGCCAACCCCAACCCCCUGCCGGUGGCAGCGGGAGCCCCCGCCAGCGGGGCGUUGGUGGUGGUGGAGAGCGGCCCCGUGGUCUACGACGAUGCAGCUGCUGAGGAGGAGGAGGAGGAGGAAGAGGAGGCUUGUGUCAGCGCCAUGGAGCUGCUGGGCAGCAACGAAUAUGGAAGUGAUGGCGAUUACGAAGAUUGAUUCUAGCGGUGGUCUUCGCUGGGUUAUUA